CGGGUGACGCUGUUGUAGUGUUUGAUGCACCGUUUAUCUAUAAUAAUGUACUGUCACAUGAGGACAGGGAGAAGUGACUCGCCAGCGCGCUGUAUUGAUAGACUAGUUGUACCUAGCCAUGCGUCAUAAGUGAAUAUAGCCGAAACCAAAAGGGAGUGUUCAAGAAGGUGGUCGUAUAGAACUGGCAAGUUCAAGGGUUAAAGUGCGUUAUCAAACAGUCUGGAGGGAUUAUAAAAUCGAUUGGUUUACUUUGCCUGGAACGCUAAAGUCAGAUUCCCAGAUUGAUGCCUCAGCCUUUAACUGUUUGACGUUAUUGCACUUUGCUUUGUGGUGCAGUAAAAAAAAAAAAAAAAAAAAAACUGAUUUGAAUAAAGCCUACCUGUAUCUUACAUGAUGGAGGGGAAAUGGCUGAUCGAGUGCCUGUUUACAAGUAAAGCUUGAGCACUGAGGAAAUCCUGUUCUGCACAGUAAAAACAAUAAACCAUCUGCUAUCACUUUGGAUCCUAGCGCUGUUUUUCAGAGAGCCAGAAACAUGCCUGCUUCCCCGAUAAUCCGGGGGGGCUCGCUUCUGUUCGGCAAACUGCACAUUGAAAUCCCAGCUGAAGCGGAACUCAAAUCGAUCCCAUUGAGAUCCUUGCCACCUCUGUUCCUUAAAAAAAUGUCCAUGCUGAAUCCUGUAGGGACCCCCAAGCAAAGAGAGACUUCAGACUCGCCGUCUGUGAUCUGCAUUUCGCCCGUGACAGCUACGGAGGCCUGGAAAUGGGAAAACUGUCCUCCCGUUCAAAACCAAGCGUCUGAUUCAGAAUCCCCACCAGCCAGUGCCUUGGAAACCGACCGUCUCAAAUCACCGGACUGGAACGAGAGUCCAGGGGUUAAUGGAAGCCAUCAAGAGGCGUACAAGUGCUGGGUGCCUGUAAAAUCCUCCAACGUGGUGGCUUUCAGGGUCUUGAAAUCCUUCAUGGACCACCAGCACUCCGAUACAGAGGGAAUUCUGGAAGACCUCCUGAGGAUGUGCAGCCCCGCAACGCUCCCCGACAGCGGGAUCUUCAAGAUUAAAGACCACUCUAUUAUAAUCUACCGCAGGGUGUACCUCAUUAUCAAGAAGAAACAGAAGAGGAGCAGAGCAGAAGUGGAGGGUGUGAUCCCAGCAGAAGAGCCAGCCCAGGCUAAGACUACCCAGCAGCAUCAGCAAGACAGUCCUGUUUCUCCAGAGUCCCAACCUGCUGCAGGAAACUCCACAGAACAUUCCACUCCGGUGCAAAGACAAGCGAGGUUUCAAGAACAAUUCCAGCCACGUCCAUUUCCACGGGAUGAACCCAGCGUGGCUGGAGGUUUGAUUGGCCGUCCUGCUGCCAGAAGUGACCGCGAGUUUCUGAAGCUGUUCGGGAUCAAACGGGAGGUCCGAAUCCCAGUGAAACAAUGUGAAGAAUGGGCUGAGAAGAACUACUGCACAGCAGAGAGAGAGGAAGAGGUCGCAGACACAGGGAGGCCGGAGAGUAACAGCUGCUCAGAGGAUGAGAAGUCGGUUUCCGUGGACAGUCGAGACAGUUCUGGGGAACCUAGUCCCAAGAGGCUGAAGCUGGUCUCGCACAGGCAGGCCAGCAGCCAGCCCAGCCCCGAGGCCUCUUCCCCAGAGCAGGAGGAGAGUUCGGUUAGGUCCCCUGGAGCGGACUCCAGCGCCUGGCCUGCGAGACUGGCUGAGUCCUUCUCUCUGACUGGCACCGUGCACACCAGCCCAGGCUACAGCGAGGAGUUUGAUUUCGAUGCGUCCUUACGAAACGAAAAGAUAAACCUCAUCAGAAAGCUCCUGAAAGAGAGAGAGGCGGCCGUGGAGGCCAUUCGCAAAAAUAAGCCAUUUUAGAUGCAGUGUUUUUUAAACGUUUGGUUUGUUCUCAAUUUGUAUUUGUUUUAUACAUCUUCUGUACUUUCAUGUCAGUCGACCAAUCAAAUUCAACAAGUGGUAAAGAUUUUUUUUUUUAUGUUGGAUAUUAGUGUUGCCCUCAGUUCUGCUUUAUUUUUAAAUCUGUUAAGACAAAUCUAUUUGACUGAUUUUCUGAUGGCCCGCAAUUGUAACUGCCAUUGACAGAUUGCCAAUUCAAAUGAGUGGUUUUUUUUUUUUUUUUUAAUUUAUAUGCUAUAUAUUGUUUUGCUACUGAUUUGAAAACAAACCAGACUGAUUUCAGAGUUUAAUGCACUAUGUUCCGGACUGAACCACUGACAUCCCGUAUAUACAGUGUUUGCAUGGAGACUCUGUCUGCAUAGCACUGUGAGCCAGUCCAGGUAUUUCUAGAGGCUGGAAUUGCAUGUGACCUCCCAGGUACCAGCCUUCGCGUGUAUCAACGCUCUAUUCCUUUCAAUUGGUUUUUAUUUGAAUGUAGCAGAGAUUCAAUGAGACAAAGGGGUCAGUUGCUUGGAGGUUUAAAUGCAAUUACCUGAAAAUAAAUCCAAUUGGGAUCUUUAUGAAGA